AUGCUCUUUUUUGUCUCAUCAGAUGCUAGCUCCUGCCUGCCAUGCCCAAAUGACCAGUGGCCUAAUGAAAGCCGUCAGACCUGCAUCUCCAAAGCUGUAGAGUUUUUAUCUUUUGAAGAACCCUUGGGAGCUACCCUGACAUCUCUUAGCACCAUCUUUUCUGCUGCUGCCAUGUCUGUACUUUGUAUCUUCAUCAAGUAUCGUAACACACCUCUGGUGAAGGCCAAUAACCGCGAACUCAGUUACCUUCUCCUUUCAUCUUUGGUUUUGUGCUUCCUCUGUUCCUUGCUAUUUAUUGGGAAGCCAAAUCCAUGGAAUUGCUUGCUCCGGCAAUUUGCUUUUGGUGUCAUCUUCACUGUUUGUGUUUCUUGCAUACUUGCUAAAACUGUUACUGUGGUCAUUGCUUUCAAUGCUACAAAACCAGGGAGCAAAGCUACAAGGUGGGUGGGAACCAGGAUUCCAAAUGGAAUUUUCAUCUGUUGCACUGCAUUUCAAAUACUGCUGUGUUCUGUCUGGGUAUCUAUCUCCCCACCAUUCCCUGAGGAUAACAGGAAAACAGCAAAGCAGAAAAUUAUCAUUGAGUGCAAUGAGGGAUCAAAGACUGCCUUCUACUGCAUGCUGGGAUACCUGGGCCUUUUAGCAAGUGUGAGUCUAAUUGUUGCUUUCCUUGCAAGGACAUUGCCAGACAGUUUCAAUGAGGCAAAAUACAUCACAUUCAGCAUGUUUGUAUUUAUCAGUGUUUGGCUGUCCUUCAUUCCAGCUUAUCUCAGCACCAGGGGGAAGUACAUGGUUGCUGUGGAGAUUUUUGCUAUACUGUCUUCAAGUGCAGGUUUACUAAGUUGUAUAUUUUUGCCUAAGUGUUACAUCAUUCUAAUUAAACCUGAACAGAACACAAAGGAGCAUUUAACUGGGAGAGGAAAUUGUAUAUGA